AUGACAAGGCAAGGAGAACAAGGCAAUGACAAGGCAAGGAGAACAAGGCAAGGCAAGGAGAACAAGGCAAGGCAAGGCAAGGAGAACAAGGCAAGGCAAGGCAAGGAGAACAAGGCAAGGCAAGGCAAGGAGAACAAGGCAAGGCAAGGCAAGGAGAACAAGGCAAGGCAAGGCAAGGAGAACAAGGCAAGGCAAGGCAAGGAGAACAAGGCAAGGCAAGGCAAGGAGAACAAGGCAAGGCAAGGCAAGGAGAACAAGGCAAGGCAAGGCAAGGAGAACAAGGCAAGGCAAGGAGAACAAGGCAAGGCAAGGAGAACAAGGCAAGGCAAGGAGAACAAGGCAAGGCAAGGAGAACAAGGCAAGGCAAGGAGAACAAGGCAAGGCAAGGAGAACAAGGCAAGGCAAGGAGAACAAGGCAAGGCAAGGAGAACAAGGCAAGGCAAGGAGAACAAGGCAAGGCAAGGAGAACAAGGCAAGGCAAGGAGAACAAGGCAAGGCAAGGAGAACAAGGCAAGGCAAGGAGAACAAGGCAAGGCAAGGAGAACAAGGCAAGGCAAGGAGAACAAGGCAAGGCAAGGAGAACAAGGCAAGGCAAGGAGAACAAGGCAAGGCAAGGAGAACAAGGCAAGGCAAGGAGAACAAGGCAAGGCAAGGAGAACAAGGCAAGGCAAGGAGAACAAGGCAAGGCAAGGAGAACAAGGCAAGGCAAGGAGAACAAGGCAAGGCAAGGAGAACAAGGCAAGGCAAGGAGAACAAGGCAAGGCAAGGAGAACAAGGCAAGGCAAGGAGAACAAGGCAAGGCAAGGAGAACAAGGCAAGGCAAGGAGAACAAGGCAAGGCAAGGAGAACAAGGCAAGGCAAGGUGAGAACAAGGCAAGGAGAGAACAAGGCAAGGAGAGAACAAGGCAAGGAGAGAACAAGGCAAGGAGAGAACAAGGCAAGGAGAGAACAAGGCAAGGAGAGAACAAGGCAAGGAGAGAACAAGGCAAGGAGAGAACAAGGCAAGGAGAGAACAAGGCAAGGAGAGAACAAGGCAAGGAGAGAACAAGGCAAGGAGAGAACAAGGCAAGGAGAGAACAAGGCAAGGAGAGAACAAGGCAAGGAGAGAACAAGGCAAGGAGAGAACAAGGCAAGGAGAGAACAAGGCAAGGAGAGAACAAGGCAAGGAGAGAACAAGGCAAGGAGAGAACAAGGCAAGGAGAGAACAAGGCAAGGAGAGAACAAGGCAAGGAGAGAACAAGGCAAGGAGAGAACAAGGCAAGGAGAGAACAAGGCAAGGAGAGAACAAGGCAAGGAGAGAACAAGGCAAGGAGAGAACAAGGCAAGGAGAGAACAAGGCAAGGAGAGAACAAGGCAAGGAGAGAACAAGGCAAGGAGAGAACAAGGCAAGGAGAGAACAAGGCAAGGAGAGAACAAGGCAAGGAGAGAACAAGGCAAGGAGAGAACAAGGCAAGGAGAGAACAAGGCAAGGAGAGAACAAGGCAAGGAGAGAACAAGGCAAGGAGAGAACAAGGCAAGGAGAGAACAAGGCAAGGAGAGAACAAGGCAAGGAGAGAACAAGGCAAGGAGAGAACAAGGCAAGGAGAGAACAAGGCAAGGAGAGAACAAGGCAAGGAGAGAACAAGGCAAGGAGAGAACAAGGCAAGGAGAGAACAAGGCAAGGAGAGAACAAGGCAAGGAGAGAACAAGGCAAGGAGAGAACAAGGCAAGGAGAGAACAAGGCAAGGAGAGAACAAGGCAAGGAGAGAACAAGGCAAGGAGAGAACAAGGCAAGGAGAGAACAAGGCAAGGAGAGAACAAGGCAAGGAGAGAACAAGGCAAGGAGAGAACAAGGCAAGGAGAGAACAAGGCAACGAGAGAACAAGGCAACGAGAGAACAAGGCAACGAGAGAACAAGGCAACGAGAGAACAAGGCAACGAGAGAACAAGGCAACGAGAGAACAAGGCAACGAGAGAACAAGGCAACGAGAGAACAAGGCAACGAGAGAACAAGGCAACGAGAGAACAAGGCAACGAGAGAACAAGGCAACGAGAGAACAAGGCAACGAGAGAACAAGGCAACGAGAGAACAAGGCAACGAGAGAACAAGGCAACGAGAGAACAAGGCAACGAGAGAACAAGGCAACGAGAGAACAAGGCAACGAGAGAACAAGGCAACGAGAGAACAAGGCAACGAGAGAACAAGGCAACGAGAGAACAAGGCAACGAGAGAACAAGGCAACGAGAGAACAAGGCAACGAGAGAACAAGGCAACGAGAGAACAAGGCAACGAGAGAACAAGGCAACGAGAGAACAAGGCAACGAGAGAACAAGGCAACGAGAGAACAAGGCAACGAGAGAACAAGGCAACGAGAGAACAAGGCAACGAGAGAACAAGGCAACGAGAGAACAAGGCAACGAGAGAACAAGGCAACGAGAGAACAAGGCAACGAGAGAACAAGGCAACGAGAGAACAAGGCAACGAGAGAACAAGGCAACGAGAGAACAAGGCAACGAGAGAACAAGGCAACGAGAGAACAAGGCAACGAGAGAACAAGGCAACGAGAGAACAAGGCAACGAGAGAACAAGGCAACGAGAGAACAAGGCAACGAGAGAACAAGGCAACGAGAGAACAAGGCAACGAGAGAACAAGGCAACGAGAGAACAAGGCAAGGAGAGAACAAGGCAAGGAGAGAACAAGGCAAGGAGAGAACAAGGCAAGGAGAGAACAAGGCAAGGAGAGAACAAGGCAAGGAGAGAACAAGGCAAGGAGAGAACAAGGCAAGGAGAGAACAAGGCAAGGAGAGAACAAGGCAAGGAGAGAACAAGGCAAGGAGAGAACAAGGCAAGGAGAGAACAAGGCAAGGAGAGAACAAGGCAAGGAGAGAACAAGGCAAGGAGAGAACAAGGCAAGGAGAGAACAAGGCAAGGAGAGAACAAGGCAAGGAGAGAACAAGGCAAGGAGAGAACAAGGCAAGGAGAGAACAAGGCAAGGAGAGAACAAGGCAAGGAGAGAACAAGGCAAGGAGAGAACAAGGCAAGGAGAGAACAAGGCAAGGAGAGAACAAGGCAAGGAGAGAACAAGGCAAGGAGAGAACAAGGCAAGGAGAGAACAAGGCAAGGAGAGAACAAGGCAAGGAGAGAACAAGGCAAGGAGAGAACAAGGCAAGGAGAGAACAAGGCAAGGAGAGAACAAGGCAAGGAGAGAACAAGGCAAGGAGAGAACAAGGCAAGGAGAGAACAAGGCAAGGAGAGAACAAGGCAAGGAGAGAACAAGGCAAGGAGAGAACAAGGCAAGGAGAGAACAAGGCAAGGAGAGAACAAGGCAAGGAGAGAACAAGGCAAGGAGAGAACAAGGCAAGGAGAGAACAAGGCAAGGAGAGAACAAGGCAAGGAGAGAACAAGGCAACGAGAGAACAAGGCAACGAGAGAACAAGGCAACGAGAGAACAAGGCAACGAGAGAACAAGGCAACGAGAGAACAAGGCAACGAGAGAACAAGGCAACGAGAGAACAAGGCAAGGAGAGAACAAGGCAAGGGGAGAACAAGGCAAGGGGAGAACAAGGCAAGGGGAGAACAAGGCAAGGGGAGAACAAGGCAAGGGGAGAACAAGGCAAGGGGAGAACAAGGCAAGGGGAGAACAAGGCAAGGGGAGAACAAGGCAAGGGGAGAACAAGGCAAGGGGAGAACAAGGCAAGGAGAACAAGGCAAGGGGAGAACAAGGCAAGGAGAACAAGGCAAGGGGAGAACAAGGCAAGGAGAACAAGGCAAGGAGAACAAGGCAAGGAGAACAAGGCAAGGAGAACAAGGCAAGGAGAACAAGGCAAGGAGAACAAGGCAAGGAGAACAAGGCAAGGAGAACAAGGCAAGGAGAACAAGGCAAGGAGAACAAGGCAAGGAGAACAAGGCAAGGAGAACAAGGCAAGGAGAACAAGGCAAGGAGAACAAGGCAAGGAGAACAAGGCAAGGAGAACAAGGCAAGGAGAACAAGGCAAGGAGAACAAGGCAAGGAGAACAAGGCAAGGAGAACAAGGCAAGGAGAACAAGGCAAGGAGAACAAGGCAAGGAGAACAAGGCAAGGAGAACAAGGCAAGGAGAACAAGGCAAGGAGAACAAGGCAAGGAGAACAAGGCAAGGAGAACAAGGCAAGGAGAACAAGGCAAGGAGAACAAGGCAAGGAGAACAAGGCAAGGAGAACAAGGCAAGGAGAACAAGGCAAGGAGAACAAGGCAAGGAGAACAAGGCAAGGAGAACAAGGCAAGGAGAACAAGGCAAGGAGAACAAGGCAAGGAGAACAAGGCAAGGAGAACAAGGCAAGGAGAACAAGGCAAGGAGAACAAGGCAAGGAGAACAAGGCAAGGAGAACAAGGCAAGGAGAACAAGGCAAGGAGAACAAGGCAAGGAGAACAAGGCAAGGAGAACAAGGCAAGGAGAACAAGGCAAGGAGAACAAGGCAAGGAGAACAAGGCAAGGAGAACAAGGCAAGGAGAACAAGGCAAGGAGAACAAGGCAAGGAGAACAAGGCAAGGAGAACAAGGCAAGGAGAACAAGGCAAGGAGAACAAGGCAAGGAGAACAAGGCAAGGAGAACAAGGCAAGGAGAACAAGGCAAGGAGAACAAGGCAAGGAGAACAAGGCAAGGAGAACAAGGCAAGGAGAACAAGGCAAGGAGAACAAGGCAAGGAGAACAAGGCAAGGAGAACAAGGCAAGGAGAACAAGGCAAGGAGAACAAGGCAAGGAGAACAAGGCAAGGAGAACAAGGCAAGGAGAACAAGGCAAGGAGAACAAGGCAAGGAGAACAAGGCAAGGAGAACAAGGCAAGGAGAACAAGGCAAGGAGAACAAGGCAAGGAGAACAAGGCAAGGAGAACAAGGCAAGGAGAACAAGGCAAGGAGAACAAGGCAAGGAGAACAAGGCAAGGAGAACAAGGCAAGGAGAACAAGGCAAGGAGAACAAGGCAAGGAGAACAAGGCAAGGAGAACAAGGCAAGGAGAACAAGGCAAGGAGAACAAGGCAAGGAGAACAAGGCAAGGAGAACAAGGCAAGGAGAACAAGGCAAGGAGAACAAGGCAAGGAGAACAAGGCAAGGAGAACAAGGCAAGGAGAACAAGGCAAGGAGAACAAGGCAAGGAGAACAAGGCAAGGAGAACAAGGCAAGGAGAACAAGGCAAGGAGAACAAGGCAAGGAGAACAAGGCAAGGAGAACAAGGCAAGGAGAACAAGGCAAGGAGAACAAGGCAAGGAGAACAAGGCAAGGAGAACAAGGCAAGGAGAACAAGGCAAGGAGAACAAGGCAAGGAGAACAAGGCAAGGAGAACAAGGCAAGGAGAACAAGGCAAGGAGAACAAGGCAAGGAGAACAAGGCAAGGAGAACAAGGCAAGGAGAACAAGGCAAGGAGAACAAGGCAAGGAGAACAAGGCAAGGAGAACAAGGCAAGGAGAACAAGGCAAGGAGAACAAGGCAAGGAGAACAAGGCAAGGAGAACAAGGCAAGGAGAACAAGGCAAGGAGAACAAGGCAAGGAGAACAAGGCAAGGAGAACAAGGCAAGGAGAACAAGGCAAGGAGAACAAGGCAAGGAGAACAAGGCAAGGAGAACAAGGCAAGGAGAACAAGGCAAGGAGAACAAGGCAAGGAGAACAAGGCAAGGAGAACAAGGCAAGGAGAACAAGGCAAGGAGAACAAGGCAAGGAGAACAAGGCAAGGAGAACAAGGCAAGGAGAACAAGGCAAGGAGAACAAGGCAAGGAGAACAAGGCAAGGAGAACAAGGCAAGGAGAACAAGGCAAGGAGAACAAGGCAAGGAGAACAAGGCAAGGAGAACAAGGCAAGGAGAACAAGGCAAGGAGAACAAGGCAAGGAGAACAAGGCAAGGAGAACAAGGCAAGGAGAACAAGGCAAGGAGAACAAGGCAAGGAGAACAAGGCAAGGAGAACAAGGCAAGGAGAACAAGGCAAGGAGAACAAGGCAAGGAGAACAAGGCAAGGAGAACAAGGCAAGGAGAACAAGGCAAGGAGAACAAGGCAAGGAGAACAAGGCAAGGAGAACAAGGCAAGGAGAACAAGGCAAGGAGAACAAGGCAAGGAGAACAAGGCAAGGAGAACAAGGCAAGGAGAACAAGGCAAGGAGAAAAAGGCAAGGAGAAAAAGGCAAGGAGAAAAAGGCAAGGAGAAAAAGGCAAGGAGAAAAAGGCAAGGAGAAAAAGGCAAGGAGAACAAGGCAAGGAGAACAAGGCAAGGAGAACAAGGCAAGGAGAACAAGGCAAGGAGAACAAGGCAAUGAGAAAAAGGCAAUGAGAAAAAGGCAAUGA